UGGUCCUCGUGCAUAGAUCCAUCAAGUUUAAUUAGGUCAAUUGGUUUUUGAUACUUGCAUUCAACACAUUUGACCGCUAAGAUGCUGGCCGUGCUGACAUUUCUGGCCAGUGCUGGUCACUUGGUCUACGGUGACCGGCUGCAACCAAAAGACUUGUCAGAGGCGUCGACACAAUUUUCCCAGGCGCUGUAUGGGCGGCUGGCAGUGGACACGCCGAAUAGCGUCUAUUCUCCGUUCUGCAUCCACGCGGCCUUGACAAUGAUGUCACUUGGUGCCAGAGGUCAGACGUCACGUGAGAUGACCACGACUCUGAGAAUUACCGACCUAGGUGACGCUGUACAUGAGAUGUACAGAGAACUUAUCACAGAUUUCAACUCCGUGCGACACAUCGGACUUAGCACAGUAAACACCUUCUACAUGGACCAUAGAGAUGAGAUCAACCCGGUAUUUAUACACAACAUCACCAGUUACUACAAGGUCAAGGUAGUCAUCACAGACGUGUUUCACCUCAGACUUGUGCAGGAGGCAAGCAAUGAUGUGCGGACAACUCACACGACACUAAUAUAUUCCCUCUCGGAUGUUUACCUUCUGAACGCAGUUGUUUUAGAGGGAAGCUGGGAGAGAACUUUUUCAGCAGAACGGACCAGAAAUCAGACUUUCUACAAGAACGGUCACUCUGUUAGCCAGGUGGCGCUGAUGAAUGACGAACGGACGACAAACUUCAAACGGGAUAACUUGAAUGAGGUGGAUGUGGUGGAGCUGCCACUCCUGGGUGGAAGAUUUUGUUUUUACAUCGUUCUUCCACAAAAGGUGGAUGGGAUAAAAAAAAUAGAAGAACUUUUGGUAACACCGGGGAAAGUUGAGGAACUGUUAACUGGUCUGACCCUACAGAGACUGGGUGUCAGCAUCCCAAAGAUUGACGUCCAUGAGACUGGAAUCUCUGCUGCUACUGGCGUCAUCACGGGUCCUGCCAAUGUGGCAAGUCAGACGAGGAAGAAAUUUCUUGCUGACCAUCCUUUCGUCUACUUUCUCAGAGACAAGCAGUCCGGACACAUUGUGCUGCAAGGAAAGUUCUCUGGUUAG